CACAGCUCCUAGUGUGCAGAGAAAACACCCUGGUAGCGCCAUGAAGAAAACGGUCGUGAGAAAGCAGGACAACGUGCCACUGCUGCCCAGUACGCCCACCCUCCCUGGGGAUGACAGCUUCCCACGCAACUCCUCAGUGACCUCGCAGACGGCCACUGGUGCCAAGCGCCGAGAGGAGCCGCUGCGUGGGCACGGGCAGAAGGACAGAGCCUUUUCAAACCCACAGCAGUCCUUGCAGGAGGCACUCAGCAUGCUCAGCAGCGAUGACUGGGAACGGAAGAAGAAGGGACUCUUAAACAUCACACACCUGGCUGAGUCCCAUUCCGAAGUCCUGCUUUGUCGACUUCGUGAGAUUUGCUUGGCAGUUACCAGCGAGGUGACCAACCUGCGGUCCAAGGUGUCCUGCUCUGCAAUUGUCACUCUGGGAGAUCUCUUUGCCAUCUUGAGGAAGGACAUGGACUCCGAGGCGGAUGAGGUUGCUGCGGUCCUUCUCCACAUGGUGUGGAACUCCCCAGAGUUUAUUCAGAAGGCAGCCUGUCAGAGCCUGGGGAUGAUGGUCGAGAACGUGACUCCUGCACGAGCAAUGACUGUUCUCAUGGACAGGGGAGUCAAGAGCCGCUACGUGCAGGUGCGGAAGUGUGCGGCCGAACUGCUCCUGUCCUUGAUGGAGAAAAUGGGAGUCACGAAGCUUGCAGGCACACCCAAGGCUGAGAGGCUGGCAGAGGUGGCAGGGACGCUUGCUCAGGACUGUCACAAGGACACAAGGCAUUAUGGACAGGAGAUGGUGAAGAUGUUACUGACCCAUCAAAAAUUUAAAAAGCUUCUGGAACAAGCUCUUUCCACACAUGACCUGGAAGAUAUCCUGAGAAGAAUUAAGAAGAAAGGGAUGGAAAGCCAGAAGGGUGAACGCCCACCUGUCAAGGAGCCGGUGGAGGAGAGGAACGACGGCCCGAAGGAGCCCCAGGACACAUUGCCUUCAAGCAAACGGGUGAAGUCUGCCACUGCUGGACGCCUCCUACGCCGCCCAAAAGCCCAGGUCACAUCACCUGCAGCUGUGAAAGGAAGGGAGGAGCUCCAGAAGCUUUACCAUCUCCUGGAAGCCAAGGGGUUUCAGACACGGAUGGAAGGAGUGGCACUCCUCCUAGACCUGUGCAAAAGCAGCCCCCAGCUGAUCUCCACUAACAUUGUCCAAAAUAUGGUGCCUGAUACUGGGGCUGUCAAGGGACUGAACGUGCUCUAA